CUCCUAUAAUACAAUCGCCAUUUGACGGUAAGCUUGGUUGCUGUUCAGUUCGAAAUUUCUUAAUUUUCUGCGAUAUUUAGUGUACACACGCUUGGACAUAAAUAUUUCAAUUGAUUUUAGUUUGUAAAAUCUUGUUUGUUGAAAGUGAAUUAUCAAAAUGGCGACAUCUGGAAUUUCAAGAAAUUAUGAUUUGGAAUAUUAUUGUUGUACAAUCUGCGAGAAAGAACGGUCUGUGGAAAUAGAUGCAGAUUUUUACUGUAAAAAAUGUCUUAAUUUCUUCUGCAGAAAAUGUAUAAACUCCCACAAUCAGCAUGGUCGGUGGUUUAAAAAAAAAUCACCUUAUGGAAAGGAUAAAAUAAGGAAGUGGCCACUGUCUAAGAAGAUGGAGACUUCUCUUUUAACAUGUGUCAUACACAAGGUUGAACGGUUAACAAUGUACUGUCCGGACCACAGUCAACUGUGCUGCUCGAGAUGUGUUGAGCUUAAUCACAGACUAUGCUUAGAAGUAACUCCAUUAUCUCAGGCUGCCAGAGGGAAGUCAACCAACUUUAAGAACCUGUCUGUCAGAAUGGAAAAUACUCUUUCACUUAUGAAACAAUGUCAGACGUAUCAGGAGGACAUAAUGAUGUCUCUUAAGGUUUCAUGCAAAGAACAUGAGAGGCUUAUUGUGGAUGGUUUGCGUGUGAAUAUAGUAUCGUAUUUACGCGAAUGUGAAACCAGCACAGUUAAUACAACACAUGAACAUAUGCAAUACCCAAUCAGUGAAAUGCGUGAGGAAAUCAAAUAUUUAUUAGCAGAUUUUGAGAAAAGCACUAUUAAGGAGGAGAAGAAAGAAGAGCUAAACCUGAAACAAGCUCCUCUCAAGGUUGUGAGAAACAGCUGCAUUAGACUUCACUAUGAAUUGUUCAAUCUCCAUGUAGCCAUACCGAAAGUACUGGAUAAACCUGAACUCUCUUUUAUUGCCAGUAAAAAAUGUCUGGAAAAUAUACAACAGUCUGAUAUAUUUAUAAAAGAGAACUUUCCAAUCCAUGUUUUCACUGUGAAUGGGAAGUCUGUGCACAAUGUGAAAAUGCCAAGUGAUUCAUUCACAUGCGAGAUCACAGCAGUAUGUGCUCUCCCAAAUGGACAGGUACUGGUUGCAGACUACGAUAAUAACAAAAUCAAGCUUCUGAACCAGCAGUACCGUGUGGUAAGACACUUAUAUGUGAGGGCUAAGCAACUGGUCUGCAGACUCUAUGAUGGAUCAAUUGAUAAUACAGCUGAUAAGAAGAUCACGAAGGGUCAGGUUAAAAAUGAGCAUCAGAUAGAAAUGGAACCACUUUUGCCUGAUGACAGAAGCCUUAAUCUUGUGCAUGAAAAAGAGGAAAACUUGUCAUUCUCCACUGAUAAUUUAACUUCACACUCAAUUGUCAAAUUACACAAAUUUGACCGCACUGCACUUGACAACGAACCCACUGAUCAUGUGACCAAGUCAUGUGAUGAAGAUGGUACCCUGCUUCCAGUGACGGGCAUUGAAGAUCUGUCCUUUGAAAACUUCCCAGCCUGCGAGUCCACUAGACUGGUGUCCCAUGAGGUGCCCCAUGAGGAGCAAUUGAUAUUAGGGGCCUGUAAGGAAGACGAUGUUGGGGCCUGUAAGGAAGACGAUGUUGCUGAAGUGAUCAAUUAUACUUACGACGCUUUCGUGUUCUACAACCAAGACGACCCGGUGGACAAGCAAUUCGUACUAGACCUAAUUGAGGAGCUAGAGGGUAGAACAGGACUUCGACUCUACGUCCCAGGGCGCGAUGAUCAUUCGGAUGCAUCCGAACAUAUCAACAAUGCUGGCGAAAUUGAGAGAAGGUGCCGAAGGGUGAUAAUUGUCUUGUCAAGUUCGUUUCUUCAGAGCACAGUUUGGGAAUUCCAGGAACAAAUUGCACGCGCAUUCUUGCCAGACGACUGGAGGAACCGGCUUAUUACAAUGCUCCGAGAAAGAGAUGUCGUCCUACCAGAGGUACUUGAAGGGUGUAAUACUCUUGGCUAUAACGAAAUGAACCAGGUAAACUGGAUCCUACUGACAUCAGUAAUCAGAACACCACGAACAACAUUACAAAAGUUUAGUCCUGCUCGAAAUGUUCCGCCUCCUCUUAACCCUAACGGAUCAUUCGAUCCGACCCUUGCGCCGCCAGACUUGCCAAAUCCCAGUUUUUCAGGAAUGGCAGAUCAGACAUUACGAAAAGAGUUAACUUCGUCUCAAAAUGCCCAGCCUCCUUUUAACCAUAAUGGAUCAACCGACUUUAUCGCCGAGCAGUCAGACUUGUGGAAUAACUUUGUUCCAGAAAUGGCCGAUAAUACAAUACCAAAAGAGUUAACUCCUUCUCAACAUGACCAGCCUCUUUUCAAUCGUUAUAGACCAACCGACCCGAUCACCGAGCAUUCAGACAUGCGGAAUAUCAGUGUUCCACAAAUGGCCGAUAAUACAAUACAAAAAGAGUUAACUCCUCAAAAUGACCAGCCUUCUAUUAACCGUAAUGGAUCACCCGUCCCGAUCGCCGAGCAGUCAGACUUGCGGAAUAUCAGUGUAGCAGAAAUGGCCGAUAGUACAACGCCAAAAGAGUUAACUACUUCUCAAAAUGACCAGCUUCCUCUUAAUCCUAAUUAAACAACCGACCCGAUCGCCGAGCAGUCAGACUUUCGGAAUAUCGUUGUUCCAGAAAUUGCCGAUAAUACAAUACCAAAAGAGUUAACUCCUCAAAAUGAUGAGCCUCCUCUUAACCCUAAUGAAUCAACCGACCCGAUCGCUGAGCUGUCAGACCAACAAACACCUCAACUGCUUGAAGACCAGAUAUCUUCCAUGACGCGAUUUUAAUUGGCCUUCAUCAAAUGAUUAGCAAACAGAAAAUACAAAUGUAUUAAUACUCACAUCUCAAGAUCCUCAAAACGUUGCCGGUCAGCGAACCGAAACUGCAAAUGCCGUAACACCUAUACUUCAAAAGUUUUUGUAUUGCAUUCUGUUUUCAAAUCUGUCUUUAUAAUGACUUUGUACUAAACCAUAUGUUUUCUUAUUGUUAUUGAUUCUUCAUCUAUAAGUAUAUUUUGUUGAUUGUUAUUGCUCACUUUGUAUUAUAUCUAACAAGAGUCCUUAAUAUUUGUUUACUUAAAUACAUGUGCGUACGCGUGCGUUAAUUUGUAGAAAUGAGAAUAUGUACAUGUAUUAACAAGUUUUAGCAGGUUUCUUAAAACAAUAACAGAAGUUACGCCAUAUUGUCUGAAUGACUUUAUUUCAUGAAUCAAAUCAGUUAAGUUGUCGACAUAUUUCUGCUUAUUGUUACAUUUUACAUUUUUUUUGAAAAUAUUAUAACUAUUAUAAUAAUAAAUAUAAUCAAUAAAUGGCUCUUAAAUUCAGACUAACAUCAUUAUAAUUUUCUGUCGGUGUGCCAGGUGUGCAUCGAUUGCCUUACCGCGAGGUAAUUGAUAAACCAAUAUUUGAUUUUACAUGUCAUAUAUUUUUAUGCAAAUUUAUUUAUUUGGGUUUGAAUAUACAAACAUUAUAAACAUU